AUGCACGCAUCCGCCCUUACGGAUGCAGGGCGCGCGUGCACCCAGCACCGCGCCCCGAUGCCUCUGCCCCCCAGCCCAGCGCCCUCCACCAGCAAGACAUGCAGCAGCAGCCCAGCAGCCCAGCAGGCUCGGCCCGCAUGCCUGUGUGCCAUCACCAUGUGGACGCACACGCAGCCCGCAGCGGAGCGGCUAUCCAGACGUUGCAAGCACAGCGUCAUUCAACAACGCGCCCUCGCACGCGCGCCCUCGAUUGGCGCCUUCCAGAAGCCCGUGUACCGUGUGAGACGAGCUGGAAUGCCCCGUGUGCGUGCAAAAUCAAGCCUCGCCCAACCAGCAUACCCCAAGCCUCGCGGCUGCGGUCCAUCUCCCGUCGCCAUCGCACGCUACCGCUGCACCAGAAAAAAACCGUUCUGCCGACCACCGUCCUGGGACCACACCACACUGACUCUGCCAUGCCAAUUGCCUGUCCCGUACAAGCCCGACUACGCUCGCAAAUUGCCUAAUUACACAACCUCCAUGACGCCCACUUGCUCCUCCACGCCUGGGCCAAUCCCGCCGCACACAUCUGAGACACCCGUCCUCCACCCCAUGCCAACGAUCGUCAAACAGUGA